UUUUCAGCGCGAUUGGUGUGUGUAGUUUUGGUUUCUUCGAGAAAAUGCGAAAAGCGUCCCGGUGAAUUUGGAGUUUUACUACAGUUAAUCAACAGAGUGCCAGAGUCUGCGAAAUGAAGCGAACAAACAACAGUCGAACAAAUAGCGGGAAACCGGUGGCCGGACACCCGCAUGAGAGCGAAUCAUCCUCGGAUGAAGAACCGCUCGAUGCAUACGGAGGAAGAGGAGGUGGUGGCGCAAACAGCAGCAAACGCGUAUCGUUGUCGCUUUCCAAGCGUUCCAGACAGUUUGCCCAACAGCAUGCCAUGGGUGACGACGACGACGAGGAGGUGGCCGGCCCCAGCAACGGUACAGCGGCGCUUUCUCAUCUCGAUGGUUCCUUGGAUCGACCGGAGAAAAUUGCUAGCAUGUUGAUGCACGCCACGGAGAAAAUGGAACGCUGCUGGAACUUGGACCUGCAGACGUGCCUCACACAGUAUGUCGCGCUGCGACCCAACCCGAACUUCCCGGAGGCGGCGAUGGUAGUGUCCUGUGCGGCCAUGGUUUACGGCCGGAAAGUUGAUUAUCUUGGCGAAAUCGUGAUGCACAUGAGCCACGGGCAAAAGAUGAGGGAGCACGAGGAGAAGGAGGCCAAGAAGAAAAGUGCCAGCGCGGGUGAGGAGGGUGACGGAGAGAGUGGCACCACCGGAACGGCUGCUCCAGUGAAGGAAGGGCGUAAACGAUCGGCCCGCUUCAAACAAAUCCGGGAAUCGGAUUUCGACGAGAUGGAGUUCACCGUGAAGGAUCGGGAUGUGGUGCCUCUCGAGCAACUGAUUGAACCACCGUCGAGGACCGUGGAAGUGGACUGCCGUACGAAGGUGCGCCGCAUGCAGGAGAUGUGCGAUGAGCUUCGUGCCGGUGCAACGAGUAAACGGCGCGCAGAGAUACUGAACCGGUUACGGGAUGAGGCGGAAAUUGGAUCUCUGCUGUCGAGUCACGGGAUGGUACGCCGGAAUCCCAUACUGGAUCCAGAGUCCGGUGAUUCCAUUGGCACGCGGUUCGACUAUCAAGUGUUUCUGAACUUUAUCGAUUCGAAAACCGGUGGCCUGAUUGCGGAACACGACCUCAAGCACUACUUCCAGCGGCGCGACGUUAUCGAUAUGCUGCACGAGCAGCACGAGUUUGAACGGGAACGAUGUAGCCAGUUAGGAAUCGCCCAACCUCAACCGAUACUGAAUCUGCAACCGCGGGAAUGCCGCCUAUUCUUGCCACCGGAGUAUCUGCGCAAUCAACACAGCAUCGACGUGCAGGAUACAUCGGAUUUCGAGAAGGCACUGAUGGAGGCCCGCAUCAGCAACUAUCGCACGGAUCCGAUUCUCGAGCUGAUGGGUCCGGAAGACGAGAAGCGCCUGUCGGCGGCAGCGGAAGCACGUCUGGCGCAGGAUGCUACACCGUUGGCCGGCAGUAUCAGAGCGGACGAUUCCGGGAUAGGUGAUUGCUUCAGUGAAUCGGAGAUCAACGCCAAUUCAACCCAGAAUACCGAUGGAACCGUUGGCAUGGAUACGCUCAAUAACACCGAUGAUAAUCCACCCGACGAUGAGCUGAUGGCAUUGGAGCGAAGCGAAACCGAGGGAAACCCCACUGCGGAUGGUGUGACAGGAGGACAGCAGGCGGGUGAAAAAUCGUCCGGUGAAGGCUUGCGACUCAGCGUGGACGAAGGCAUCGGGGCAGACCGAGAUCCUCCAUCGCUGACACAAACGCCUGCUGCGGAGAAAGACGAACCUCUCGCAAUUAGCUUCGGUCGUGGUGUUGUGAUUCCGAAACCAGCAGCUAUCCGGCCGGUACUGUUGCUUAUCAAUAUGCUCGGUUUGCCAGAAAAAAGCGUCCAAAAGCAGUUAAUUUUUUCGCUACCGGCGGAAUAUCGACCCUUAAAACAGGCCAUUUUGAAAAGAGUUGACGUUCGGAUCAAGGAUAUCUUUACUCUUGAUCUGUAUCAGCUGAAUGCGGACGCGAUGGAUCAACCCGAACGACCAGUGUCGCCGGAAUUGGAAGAUUUUCUCGGAUUCGAUGAGGAUAACGACCAAUCAGCUGCUAAAUCACUUCAGCGGCCAACAAAGAGGUCCACAAAACCAGUGAACGAACCACUAGCACGGCCUGCAUCGCCAGAAGCUGAUUUCGCGGGUUUCGGUGAAGAAGAAGUACGGGCAACACGAGAAAAGGCGACGGAAUGGCUCUCACGUUGUCCCGCUUCGGUCAAGCUGUUUUUGGAAAGUCCAAAACGGACGGAACCUAAACCUGGAUCGGAUCCGUCCACCCCGAACCGCACGCUGUCCUGCGACUCGGGAAUAUCGGACACCAUGGUGCAGCAAUCUGCAAGUUCGUCGAGCCUCCCGGCGGUCCCAUCGAUCCCCGAAGAAACGAACGAAAAUGAUGGCAUCGAGAGCGACCCUUCAAACGACCGCAUUCAGCAGGAGCUGGCGGCAGAAAGGGACCUGAAAAAGGUCACCAGCGAGUGGGAAAGCCGGUUGAAACCGUUGCUGCGCGAGUCCGAAAGGCGAAAUCAUUUCGACAUUCAUGCGUACGGCACGGAAAUCAUCGACGCGUUCGCUGAGGAUGCCAGUCCAACGACCGGUGGGAUCACACUGAGCCAGGUGCUCGAAAACAAACCGCCACACAGCAUCGCACGCUACUUCCUGUCUGCGUUAAUGCUGGCAAACACAAACAAUGUGCGGAUCGCGAACGGGAACAGCGAUAUGACGCGGCGUUCCAGGUUGGAUGAGAUUUCGCUUCACCUACUCGACCGAAAACGACACCAUCAGGAGCUGGACCAGCUGGGAGAAAUGUUUGGGUCCGAUCCAUACGGCCAGCCAGGUCCAAGCCGGAGUACGCGGGAUAAACCGAAUCGGAAGCGGAAAAGCGCUCCGAUGGCCGCUACACCACAAUCCGAUCCGAACGUCCGGUGGAUUGAGCAGCAAGGUACGGCCGGGACGAGUACGGCCGAUAAGAUGGCCAAACGGAAGGUGCCAGAGAAUCGCAAUGUUAUUCCGCAGUUAAUGCGUUUCGAAUCGCCUCAAUUAAAUCUACUAACGGAACGAGCUGUUGACGAAGAGCUAGAGGAUGAGCUGCUUUCGAUUGAUCUGGAGACGCAUCAAGCCGAACUGAUACCAGCGGCGGCCCGGCUUACCAAUUUUUCAUGUGCACAAAGCGUGCACUCGUUGGCCGAUUCGGCCUAUUGCAGCACAAUUCUGGACGCCGAUGUUGCAUAGUAGGCGGCUCUCCAGUUUGCCCAGAUUCUCAAACCCACUCAACAACGCAUUUCACUGCCCUCCGAACGAUAGCUAGCAUAGUUACAUCACACAUUAACACCACAACUCUCCCAUUUCAUACGGACGAAA